UGAAGGGUCAGGAAGAGCAGUUCGGCACGAGGAUUGGCAGUGGAGUGUCCCAUGGAAACUGAACCCGGAGCUGCGGCCAGGACUUGCACGGGGGCGGGGCAGGUUCUUUCCAAGGCGCCUGCGCCAAACCGGCUUCCCGGCGCCAUUUUGUCUGGGCAGCUGUGGCCGCAGUUCUAUCGCAUUUCAUGUUUCUGGAAAGAGGAGAGGCAAGUCUUUCCCCCGUAGUUUCUUUUUACUGCGGCCCUCAUCCACGGUUCCCUCCAGGACAGCACCUAGUGAACGUCAGAGGAGUCGCAGCUGUGCUAAAAAGACUAUGGAAAUUAUGUUAGACAAAAAGCAAAUUCGAGCGAUUUUCUUAUUCGAGUUCAAAAUGGGUCGUAGAGCAGCGGAGACAACUCGAAACAUCAACAACGCAUUUGGCCCAGGAACUGCUAACGAACGUACAGUGCAGUGGUGGUUCAAGAAGUUUUGCAGAGGAGACGAGAACCUUGAAGAUGAAGAGCGUAGGGGCCGGCCAUCGGAAGUUGACAAUGACCAGUUGAGAGCAAUCAUCGAAGCUGAUCCUCUUACAACUACACGAGAAGUUGCUGAAGAACUCAACGUCAACCAUUCCACAGUCGUUCGGCAUUUGAAGCAAAUUGGAAAGGUGAAAAAGCUCGAUAAGUGGGUGCCUCAUGAGCUGACCGAAAAUCAAAAAAAUCGUCGUUUUGAAGUGUCGUCUUCUCUUAUUCUACGCAACAACAGUGAACCAUUUCUCGAUCGGAUUGUGACAUGCGACGAAAAGUGGAUUUUAUACGACAACCGGCGACGACCAGCUCAGUGGUUGGACCGAGAAGAAGCUCCAAAGCACUUCCCAAAGCCAAACUUGCACCAAAAAAAGGUCAUGGUCACUGUUUGGUGGUCUGCUGCCGGUCUGAUCCACUACAGCUUUCUGAAUCCCAGCGAAACUAUUACAUCUGAGAAGUAUGCUCAGCAAAUCGAUGAGAUGCACCAAAAACUGCAGUGCCUGCAGCUGGUCAACAGAAAGGGCCCAAUUCUUCUCCAUGACAGUGCCCGACCACAUGUUGCACAACCAAUGCUUCAGAAGUUGAACGAAUUGGGCUACGAGGUUUUGCCUCAUCCGCCAUAUUCACCUGACCUCUCGCCAACCGACUACCACUUCUUCAAGCAUCUCGACAACUUUUUGCAGGGAAAAUGCUUCCAUAACCAGCAGGAUGCAGAAAAUGCGUUCCAAGCGUUCAUCAAAUCCCGAAGCACGGAUUUUUACGCUACAGGAAUAAACAAACUUACUUCUCGUUGGCAAAAAUGUGUUGAUUGUAAUGGUUCCUAUUUUGAUUAAUAAAAAUGUGUUUGAGCCUAGUUAUAGUGAUUUAAAAUUCAGUCCAAAACUGCAAGUACUUUUGUACCAACCUAACAAAAUUAGAAGAAAGGAAGACAUUCUACGUGGAUGUAAGGUUGUGAUCAAGAAUGCCAUUAUGUAAGGAAAGCUGUUUUUGGGACAGUGAGUAAACAAGUUUGGAGAGGAUGACUGACUAAAGAUUACAUUGGGAAAAUUGUAUGAGGCCACCUUGUGUUUCUAGAAUUAGUUGAACAUCAGAAUUAUAUGAGGUGCUUGUGUUCUAUACAGGUUUGGGAAUCUCUAGAGAGCCUUGAAAGCUGGGGUGUUUGCAGAAAUAGUUUUGUUUUUCUUUCUUUCAAAUUUUACAAAGCAAAAUGAAACUAAACAAAAAUCACUUAAUCCCACCCCAACAUUAGAUUUUUAAAAUUUCCUUCUUCCUUGUCUGUAUGUAAUCUUUCUUUAGUCGUAAUUUUUAUUUGUUCCUUUAACACUGUAAUAAGCAUUCACUAUGACUACACAGUCUCCAUAAUUUUAAUGUCUAAAAAUGUUCCAUCGAACUGUUUUGUCUGUAACUUCAUUUUUCUGUUGCCUGAUUGACCAUUUAGGUCUCAAAAGGUCAUUGUAUGAACUUUUUUAUGACUCUUAAAACAUUGCCAUGUUGUUUUCCAAAAGUUGUAAUUUACAGUGUCACUGUCCCUGUGAGUUUACCUGUGCCAGUAUUGGGUAGUCUAUAAUCACUUUUGCUAAUUUAAUAGGUGAAAAGUAUGUUGAGCUUUCUUUCUCUUUGUAAUAUUUUUGUUAACUAGUGAGGUGGGAACUUUUUCUAUAAUUUCAUUUGCUGAGUAUUAGUAAUAGACAAGUUGUCUAUUCAAGACUUCUGUCCAUUUAUAUAUUAGCCUUGAUAUUUUAUUUCUUAAUUCUUGGACUUUAUUAUACUAGCUAGUAGUAAUUUGCUGCAAAUAUUUUCCAUAUAGAUUCCCUUUUGAUUUUAGUCAUUUUUGUUGAGGGUUUUGUAACAGACACAGAGGAAUGUGAUAUCCACAAAAGGUAUGAUUGAAAAAUUAUUUGGAAACUGUCCAGUGUGACUGAACAGAUGACAGAAGAAUCGGAAGUAGGGAGACAGUUAAGAUAAUGUUGCAAUGGUGUCAGCAUGAGAUGAACCUAAAGUAUGACCUGGAGAGAGAGAAAACAAUAGGUGAACAAGAGAUUGUGAGGGAAAAUAAAAAGUUGACAGCAUUUCAUCUCUUAAUGAUUAUAGAGGUAAAAAAGAAAGAAACCACUCAAGAUUUUAAAGAACAGGCAAUAGAUCAUACUAUUAACUAAUUUGGAAAGUCAGGAGAGGCCCCUGGUUGGUAAGGAAGAUGAAGUCAAAUUUUAAACAUGCUAGAGCUUGAAAUGUCAGUAAGCAUCCAGUCUUGACUCAUGCCUGUGAGUUCCUUUAUUGGGACAAGGCAUGUGCUGGACCUUAUGUUGUUUUCUAUAUUUUGACUUUCAAUUUCAUUCUUCCAUUCGAUUUUGGUGCUUUUACCAGGGCUUUUCUAUUUCUGAUUUUUAAAGUACAAUUUAAAAAGUUAAAGUGAAUUAGUAAGUAAAAUAAGUGUAGUUGGAAACCAGGUGAUUGUCAAAGUAAGGGAAGGUUAGAUUUUCAUGAUAAAAAUAAUAUUGUGUAGUAUUAAGAAAGCAUCUUAUAAAUAUGUGUGCUUUUAAACUGUUCAGAUAUGUGGGGUUAAUUAUCUUUCCAUCCUCUUCCUCAAUAGACUUAAGUUUUGUGUUUUAUUUUGAUUUUAACAAAUAUAUAGAGGUAACGUAAUUCUGUGUAACAUGAAUGUUUAGCCAAGAUUCUUUAAAUAUAUGAAAUCUAAGUAAAGGUAUUGCCUUAUUUUUGGAAAGCACUUUUAUUUCAAUAGAUGAAAAUCAGUUUAAGGAAGGACUUUGGCAAUUAGAUAUCCAAAAUGUAGAAUAGGCUAACUUUUGACUGUUCUUCAAGAGCUUAAUUUAACCAGUUAGUAUUCAUUGGUCUCCUCCCCCCGCCCUUUUUCCUAGGGCUUUAAAAAAUGUUGUCUGCUAUUUAGCAACGAAAAAGUUACAAUUUCGUUUCAGAAAAAAUAAAUUUUUAAAAUGUUCCAUUAGGCACCAGUCAUGAUACUAAUUUUUUCUUUUUGAUUCAGCUUGUUUUUAUGAAACGAUUUUGGGACGGUAUAUGAGCUUAAGAAAUUUGAGCUACUUUGUUACAUGUAUCAGGACUCUUUGAUCUCAAAUAAGUAUAAAAAAGUUUUCCUAUCAUACUGGUAGCUCUGAGUUACGUUAUCUAUAGGUUGAGGGAAAAGUAAUACAUUCAGAAACAUAACAUUUGUUCGUUAGUUUUUAGCAUCCGUAGUUUUUAAUGACGAUGUGGUUGUAUAUUUUAAUUGCUUCUCUUUUAUUAAUCCGUUGCCUCUGGUACCUUUUAUUUUUCAAAGAUUAAGUCAUUCAAGUUACUUACAGGAUGUAAGUCUUCACCAUUCCCUCCAUUAGAAUAGCUUUAAAAGUUAUUCCUGGAUAGCAAAGAUACUUCAGCUUUAGAAUGGGUAGGUGUGGCCAGGCUUUUCAUGGGAGGGAUGGUUUAGGGCAAAUUUCUUAACCUCUGUGCCCCAUCUGUAAAAUCAGGAUUGUAGAACUGACCUGACAAGGUUGGGAUUAAUAAAUGAGUUAAUACAUGUAAAGUACUUAGAAUGAUGCCAAGUAUUUAGGAAGCACUCAGGUAGGUGGUAUUGUUAAGUAUGUAUAAUGAUAUAUAGUGUCUGUCAUUAGUGUGUCAUUCAAAGAAUGCUUUAAAAGAAUAUUAUAUUUAUAUACCCAAAAAAAAGCAUCUAGACUUUUUACCUCCCAUUCAAUACCUUCCUGAAGGUCAUAUCAACUUUAAACUUCUUUUCAGGUAUUAUUUGCUGCAGUUACACUAAAACAAUCAUGGUUCUCCUCUACAAGGUCUGUGUUUUCCCUGUUCUUUGUUUUUUAUUCAUGCUUUUCCCACUAUCUGGAAUGUUGCCCUAUCACAUGUUCAGUAGCUACUUUUUAUAUGAAGCCUCCUUUGGUACCUCUACAACUAUAGGUAAUCUGUCCACAUGAAUUUCACAUAUUUUCUGUUACAUGAUUCCUACCAGUUUCUAUUUUGCAUGUUAGUUUUUUAUUCACUUUUUAUCCACUUUGAUUUUCUUCACUAAGUUAUGACAUUCUUACAGACAGAAAACUACCUUACUCACCUUUGUACGUUUAGAACCUGUCACAGGCCUUAGUACUUAGUAGCCACUCAUUUGUAGAAUGAAAGUUUAUAAAAGGUACAGCAAGCUGAAAUGGACAAUAUAUGCCAGUGAAAAUGUGCUUUGUCAGUGUUUGUACACUAGGAACAUCUUGCCUGAUCAUUUACUUAAAAUGAGAUCACUUGAGGUUUUAGGAAUUGGGUCAGAUUCAAGAACAUGUAGGGGGUAGAGCAAAAUCGGGAACAUCCACAGGUCGAGAAUUUUCAUUAGAAUGUUUUCCUCUUGUUUUUAAAGAUGGUAUGUCUAACCACCAGACCGAUUGUUUUUCUGACAGUAACUGAUUUUUCAUAGAUCUGACCGCCCACUAAUCUUCCUUAGCACUAGUGAUCCAAAUUUGUGAAAGUUUGGCUAGGACUCAGGGUUGAUCUGCUGCCAGUAACAGAAUAUACCAGCCACCUGAUUCAAUCAGUUAUUGCACCCAUAAUCUCACUCUACAGGUGUAUUUUUCUCAUCACAUAAUGCAUCGAGGCAUGAAAGUAAGAGGCUGGGAAUUUGGAACUGGGUGAGAUACUUCAUGAGGAAACUUACUUGAUCCUUGGUUAUUAUAAUAUUGAUAGGGUCUUCGCCUCUAGAUUUAGAAGAAAUGGUAAUGAGUGCAAAUAGGGAGAUAAUUUAAAAUAUCGGGCUCAUAGUAGGCAUUCAUAGAGCUAAAGUGGCAAUUAUGUCCUCUUAGCUCAAAAAUUCUUCUACAGUAGUCCAGUGGGAUGUUGGAUUGAGUGCCGUGUUUCCUCGAAAAAUAAGACCUAGCCAGACCACCAGCUCUAAUGCGUCUUUUGGAGCAAAGAUUAAUACAAGAUCGGUCUUAAUAUAAUAUAGGACCAGGUCUCAUAUAAGACCAGCUCUUACAUUAAUUUUUGCUCCAAAAGACGCAUUAGAGCUGAUGGUCUGGCUAGGUCUUAUAUUCGGGGAAACAUGGUAAGUAUCCUAAUAUAGAAAACACUUAUUUGAAAACCAGAUGUUCUGUGCUGUUACCAUAAGCCUGUUCUCAUUGGUUGUGACCUGGGGUACAUUACUCUACAUGAACGUUUGCUUUUAGUGUGUAAGGGUCAUUGGCUUAGGAAUUUAUAAUUCUGAAUACCUAAGUUCCAAUCCAGCACCAUAUUUUUCAUAUAAGAAUCCCUAUAAGCAUACUUAUAAUAGUUACGUAUUUCUGAAAGGUUAACUGAUAUUUAACAACCCCUGAGAAUCAGAAGUAUUAGAUAUUGACUCAAUUUUAGCACUUAAGGACGUUGCUAUUCCUACCGCAUGGGAUCAACUUGUGAGCAGCUUUAAUGUACUACCUACUUCAGUUUUAACAUGUGCUUUGAAUGCUUUCAUUGGCUCGGAAAACAUAUUUGAAAUAACAGCUCAGUUAAGUUCACUGAUUAAUUCAUUAUAGUGAAGUUUCUACUUUGUGUACUGGCCACACACAACAAAUGAAAAUAUUGUGUACUCCAGUAUUUUUUCCUGUAGUUCAUUUAAAUAAACAAAACUGAUGUAACCCACAAAGUUGAUUUCAUGACUUCCUGUGGGUCUCAACCUGGUUUUGGAUGGGUGGGUUGACUAAAUAAUGUUUUACAUUUGUUUGGUAGUUUAACAUUUUACUAGAUACUUUGAUGAUACUACUAUACCCUUAAGAUACAAAUUAAGUUACCUGAUAAAAAGAUACAAAUUGUUACCUGCAAAUGCUUCCUGUUUCAGCAGCAGUAGAAUUGGAGGGGCUGCAGAGGAAGGCAGCUGGGAGAAAUCAUGGGGGCAGAGUUUAUGUUGUGUUUUUUUUUUUUCCUUUUGUUGGUUAAUGGUAUGUUUGGUAGUGUUAUUGGGUCUGCUAAUCCUCACGGCCCACUUAGAGAUUUGUAUUCAUAUUUAUUUGUAUUUCGGGUUACCUCAAAUUGUACAGCAAGCACACACUUUUUCCCCGAGUAGGUUUCCUCAAACCAAACCAGAAAUCAUUGUUUUUAACCUUUGUCUUUAGUCCUUAUAUGCAGUCAAAAAACUGCUUCCAGUGUUUGUAUAAUUUUGGUGCUUAGACAGGACAGGGAGGGGGGUUAUACGAAGGAACUUUAAAGAAAAGCUUGUGUUCUUGUUUCAUGGUUCCUCUAUGUAUCACGUAAUACUGUCUUUAACACCUUUAAAUUGCCAAGGGAACCUUGGUAACCAAAGCAGAUUUUUGCUGUUUUUCUUCUCAAAUGUGAAGUUCUGCAUUUUACUACACUGUCACGAGUAACUAGUCUGUUACCAGUAAAUACUUAAGCCACAAAACUUGCUUCUCUAUGCUGCCAAGUACUUCCUGUUUUUUCAGAUUUCCAUUUAGGGAAAAGAAUGGAUUUAGAGUAGAUGAGCCCGAGUUUCAUGUUUAAAGAAUCUCUCCUGAAAUUGUUUGGGAGCUGUCCAAUAUCGAGAUGGUAGAAAAAAAUAGCACAUCUUGCCUACACAUGAAGUCAUUUGUCAGAAAGCUUCAUUUGGCUUUGUAUCAUGAAAGAGAGGGUUGCCAGGAAAAGAAACUUUUUGUUGCAGAAAAAAUUACCAUAUGACGUGCCAAGGUUGUCUUUUGCUUUUAGGCUUUCCAUAUCAAAUGUAUUUCCGUUUGUGAAUGAAUCAUUACACUGCCUGUGAAUGAAGAAUCUAUGUUCAUUUCUAGUAGACUUUUCCUUUACAGAUAUGUAAGAACUGCAUUCAGUCACAUUUUUUCCAUUUUUUCAGUAGAGACAGGUGAAAGGUCAAAGGGUGAUUAGAAAUGGGCUACAUUGUGAAUACAGAAUAUCUGGGGGGAACAGUUACAUUAAAAUGAUUUUAAGAUUCUUUUGUUACUAAAAUAGUAACAUUUAGUUAUACAUUUAGUUAUACAUGAUGAAUUACCUGUCACUUUUAUUCUAUGAAAUCGACUUCUAAUUAGGUGUUAAUACAAUGUGUCAGUAGAACAUACUUUCAAUGUAAACUUGAAUCCUCUGGUAUUGCUGGUAAGAGAAUCUUGUGUUAAGGCUCUUUUGCAAUGAUAGAACCAGGUGCUUCUAUAAAAUUUUCUUCAACCAAAUUGACCCGGCCUAACUUAAGUCAGAGCUCUUCUCUUUUUCGAUCUGUCAGUAAAAUAUGAAAGGUGCUUGUUAAUCCCUGAACGCUUAUGCAAUUUCUCUUCCUUAUCGCCUCCAUGGCAUUUUGGAAAUUUUCAGAGAACUGAUGCUGAAUUUUUAGGUAUCUGAAACCAUCUACUAUAAAGGUACAUUUUGUUUUCUUCUAGAAGUUUUAGAGUUUGGGGUACAUUCUGGCUUAUGAUUGACUUAAUUUCUGUACAUUGUACCAAGGUAUGGUUUGGUUUUUGGUGUUGGUUUCUGUUUUGCCUAUGAUGUCCAGUUAUAGCACCAUGUGUGAAAAAGCACUAUCUUCCAUUGAUUUGUCUUUUUACAUUCGUCAAUCAAUUGACCUAUCUCUGAGUCUAUUUUUGGACUUCAUUUGAUCCCAUUAAUAAGUUUAAAAACAAAACAGUUUUGAAAUUAAAGUGUAUAUCUUAUUACAUUAGCCUUUAUAGUCUUGAAAUCAGGUGGUAUGAGUCUUCCUUUUCUUCGAAAUUGUUUUGGCUGUUCUAAUUCCUUUUCCCAUAAAAAUUUUAGAAACAGCUUGUUGAUUUCUUAUCACCUCCCCAACCCC